AUGUGUGGCUGCGUGCAUAGUACUCAGGACCAAGCACUCCACUUGGAAGGGGAGCCCAAUCCUCCUGCAGCCCCAACAUCUACCUUAGCACCUAAGAACAUGCCCAAAAGCAUUUCAAUAUCCAAACAGCUGGCUUCAAUAAAAGCUCUACGCAAGGGCUCAGAUCUGGAAAAAGCCAUCGCCACCGUCGCUCUGGUUUUCAGAAACUCUUCUGACCCUGAUGGUAGACUCGGAAAAGCUACUGCCAAAAAUCUGCUACAAACCCAGUUUAAGAAUUUCACAGAGGGACAAGAAACCAAAGCAAGGUACAAAGACCUCCUUUCUGAACUUGACGAACACACAGAGAAUAAGCUGGAUUUUGAGGAUUUCAUGGUCUUACUGUUAAGCAUCAGUAUAAUGUCAGAUUUGCUCCAAAAUAUAUGGAGUGUAAAAAUUACACAAUAA